GGGACGACCUGAUCUUCCCGGCGGCCCGUGCGUCGGCGGUGGUUGGGUGGUAAGAUGGCGGCUGUGAGCCUGCGGCUCGGCGACUUGGUGUGGGGGAAGCUCGGCCGGUAUCCUCCUUGGCCCGGAAAGAUUGUUAAUCCACCCAAGGACUUGAAGAAACCCCGUGGAAAGAAAUGCUUCUUUGUGAAAUUUUUUGGAACAGAAGAUCAUGCCUGGAUCAAAGUGGAACAGCUAAAGCCAUAUCAUGCUCAUAAAGAGGAAAUGAUAAAGAUUAACAAGGGAAAACGAUUCCAGCAAGCUGUGGAUGCCGUCGAAGAGUUCCUCAAAAGAGCCAAAGGAAAAGACCAGACAUCAUCCCACAAUUCUGCUGAUGACAAGAAUCGGCGUAAUUCCAGUGAGGAGAGAAGUAGGCCAAACUCAGGUGAUGAGAAGCGCAAACUUAGCCUGUCUGAAGGGAAGGUGAAGAAGAACAUGGGAGAAGGAAAGAAGAGGGUGUCUUCAGGCUCUUCAGAGAGAGGCUCCAAAUCCCCUCUGAAAAGAGCCCAAGAGCAAAGUCCCCGGAAGCGGGGUCGGCCCCCAAAGGAUGAGAAGGAUCUCACCAUCCCUGAGUCCAGCACCGUGAAGGGGAUGAUGGCUGGACCGAUGGCCGCGUUUAAAUGGCAGCCGACUGCCAGCGAGCCUGUUAAAGAUGCAGAUCCUCAUUUCCAUCAUUUCCUGCUGAGCCAAACAGAGAAGCCAGCCGUCUGUUACCAGGCAAUCACAAAGAAGUUGAAAAUAUGUGAAGAGGAAACUGGUUCCACCUCCAUCCAGGCAGCAGACAGCACAGCCGUGAACGGCAACAUCACACCCACAGACAAAAAGAUAGGCUUUUUGGGCCUUGGCCUCAUGGGAAGUGGCAUUGUCUCCAACUUGCUAAAAAUGGGUCACACGGUGACUGUCUGGAACCGGACUGCAGAGAAAUGUGAUUUGUUCAUCCAGGAGGGGGCCCGACUUGGAAGAACCCCCGCUGAAGUCGUUUCAACUUGUGACAUCACUUUCGCCUGUGUGUCGGAUCCAAAAGCAGCCAAGGACCUGGUGCUGGGCCCCAGUGGUGUGCUGCAGGGGAUCCGCCCUGGGAAAUGCUACGUGGACAUGUCAACGGUGGAUGCUGACACUGUCACCGAGUUGGCCCAGGUGAUUGUGUCCAGGGGGGGCCGCUUUCUGGAAGCCCCAGUCUCAGGGAAUCAGCAGCUGUCUAAUGACGGGAUGUUGGUGAUCUUAGCGGCCGGAGACAGGGGCUUAUAUGAGGACUGCAGCAGCUGCUUCCAGGCGAUGGGGAAGACCUCCUUCUUCCUAGGUGAGGUUGGCAAUGCUGCCAAGAUGAUGCUGAUCGUGAACAUGGUCCAAGGAAGCUUCAUGGCCACCAUCGCUGAGGGCCUGACCCUGGCCCAGGUAACAGGCCAGUCCCAGCAGACACUCUUGGACAUCCUCAAUCAGGGACAGUUGGCCAGCAUCUUCCUGGACCAGAAGUGCCAAAAUAUCCUGCAAGGAAACUUUAAACCUGAUUUCUACCUGAAAUACAUUCAGAAGGAUCUCCGCCUGGCCAUCGCUCUGGGCGAUGCCGUCAACCACCCAACUCCUAUGGCAGCUGCGGCCAACGAGGUGUACAAAAGAGCCAAGGCACUGGACCAGUCUGACAAUGACAUGUCUGCCGUGUACCGAGCCUACAUACACUAAGCCGUCGAUGCCCCCGUCCCUCCAAUCUUCCCUCUGGCCCCCUAUUCCUCACAUGAGGUUGGGGUCCUGGGACUUAACUCUGGACCAGUCCACCUGUCUCCAUUUCCUUUUAUACAGACUUUGAGACUUGCCAUCAGCACAGCACACAGCAGCACCCUUACCCUGAGGCCUGGGGAGGGGAGGGUGGCAGCAGGAUUGGCUUGUGGGAAAGCUCUUGAGCUGGGCACUGACCCCCGGACUAGGUGGCUGUGUGUUCACACACACACACACACACACACACACACACGCACACUGGUUCUCACCCCAGGAUAGAAGCUGCCCAGAAACUGCUUCCUGGCUUUUUUCUUCUUCCGAGCUUGUCUUAUCUUCAACCCCUUCCAGUCGAGGAACUGGCAUCAGCAGUGAGAGUUGGAAGCCUACCCACAGCUUGCCCCAGAGCAAAGAGGCUGUAGUCACGUCCAUGCCCCCACUGGAUCCCCUUUGCAGGGAGAGGCUCGGGCCAGGAUGAACCAGCACGGACAACAGGCAGAGGGUCCCCUGUGACCUCCAACCUCAAGCAACCAGCUGAGGAGGAUUUUCACUUCUGAUCUACCAGUGUGUAGCCAACUCUCCACGAACGCCUUUGUGAACUGAAGAAAGACUGGCAGCUGGCCUGUAGGUGAGCGUGGAGACCCAGCUCCCCUCACUGCCCCUCAGCACCCGCCCUGAUGCCACCGUCCUGUGGAGCCCUGGGCUGGGCGCGAGAGCCUUGCGGGAGCUUGCUUCUCUCCAGGCCAUUUAGUAUUUGGGUUUGCAUUCCAGCCCUUUGGGAAAGGGGCCUUGAGGCCACUGGUGAGAAGUGAAGAGCAAGGGGGAGAAGGGCUCCUUCCUGUUUCCGUUAUGCCACAGCCUCUUUAACUGGUUCUCAAGAGCCACUCUGCCCUCAGUCCCCUCACAGCAGUCCCACCUUCUCCAGCCUGCCCUUGCAUGCUCCACCUCUCUUUGUUCUCCUCCCAUCUCCCUCUUCCUCCAUGGAGACAGUAUUUCUUUCUGUCUGUCUGUCCCUUCUUUGGCCCAGACCCAGCCUGACCACCGGUGAGCAUUUCUUAAGCUCAGCUCUUGAUACGGAAACGAUUGUCUUCACUCCAGCCAGCAUCAUUGUCUUCAGUGCUUCCCAGACCCGGGGUCUGUCGGGAGGGAAGAGAACUGGGCCUAACCUAACCUGAACUCACUGACCCUCAGAGGUGGACCUGGGACAUCCUCGAGGCCCUAGCAUUUCUCCUUGGAUAGGGGACCAGAAGGGGCUUGGAAUGUGGCAUAAGAACAAGGAGAAGUCACCCAAGGGAUGUCAAUUUUUCUCCCUCUGCAUGGGUUUGAUUUUCAAAGUCACAGUUUGCAGAACGUCAGCAUUUGUAGUGAAAUAUAUAAUUAUAUAUACUAAUAUAAGGUGGCCACACUGGUGUGGGGUCCCACCUCCUCACAACCCUGGCCCUUUGUCACAGAUUAGAACCUAGGUUAGAGGAUCUCAGAAGACAUGGGGGGGAGGGCAGAGAAAUGCCUCUAGGGUUUUUGGCACAGUUGUUAAUUUCCCCGGGACUUUGAAUUCAUUUCGGUCUGAACACAAAGCCUGUCCUAGUCCUGGCCAGACACA